GCAGAAAUGUCACUUCCUGCCUUGGACCGCAUGUUCAUAACCUCAGCAUGGUUACAGUCUAUAAUUUAUGGCAUGCAUCCUGAUACAGCCUGCGUGCUAUUUGGCAUAUGCAUGUAUGCCAUAUUCAUUCGGAACAAAAGGGCACAUUGGAUUGUUCCUCUUUCAUGCAUUUUCCACUUUUCAAUGGCGACAGCGCACAUCAUCAUCUCCUUUUUAUAUACUCUGCAGGGCCUCACAAAUCCUGCUGUAACAUCCGUCCCCAACGGAAUUGUCUUGUACUUUGCCAGUGUUACAGCUUUGUGGUCGACAAUGAUAGGAUUGUAUCUUUUCAAUGUGGGCAUCGUAAUCUGGAGGUUUUAUUUGGUUUGGAAUCGUAACUUGAUCCUUGCUAUCAUCCUGGUAAGAUAUCCAACUGCUUUAGCGGCCUGGUCUAUAGUCACUCAUUCCCGUGUCGCCUUUGCAUCGGCUGCCUGGGCUUUGGCGACGGCUGAUUUCAUAUUCAACCUCGUUCUCACUAUUUGUCUCACGACCGGGAUCGCCUAUCGUCUUUGGCGCGCGGGAGCUGAUACGUUUGGUUUGACCGGUCAUAAUGCCUACAAACCUGCUAUAUACACCAUCAUUCAGUGCGGUGCAAUCUAUACUAGCAGCAUCGUGGUAAUAUGCGUUCUACGCCUUUCCGGGAAACCAGCUGGUCUCGUGGCACCUUUCGUCGGCAUUCAGUUUGCCACCUUGACCCCUCUUCUUCUCAUCGUCAGUCUUGAGUUUGGCGUGAGGCAUGACGAGGCAUAGACAUUGCGGAACACGCUUUCGCUCAACCAGUCCAGGUCAAUAUCGCUGAGGAGACCCGUACUUGCUAUGGCAACACCAUGGAUCCAUGACUCACCCGGAAGAAUCAGAGACUGCGUGCAUAUGGUGGCAAAGAAAAGGGACGACAUUUCAUAGGUCUUUUCUUCUAAUGAGACAUCAGACACUGGGAUCCACGUUCGUUCAACCAGUUCAGGCUAAAAUCACCGAGGAGAUCCGUACCUACCCUGGUGACACCGUGGAUCCAUGGCCUACUCGGAGGAAUCAGAGUCUGCAUGCAAAGAAAAGGG